AUGGAUGAGUUUGUUUACAACAGGUGUAGCCUCAAUCCUAUUCACUGGGUCCUGAUGUUAAAGGGGUGCUUGGUCGAUCUUUUCUUUUCCGUGCGACCCAUUAACUUUUCCUACUCGCGUGUGGGCAUGACAAACCUGGCUGGGGAACGGGAUCAAGCGGCCUGCUUGCGUGAGAUUCGGCGGGCGGUCCGCAUCAUUGAGGGGCGUAAAAGAACUGUAGCAACUGGGACUAACAAGGACAGUUUCCAAGAUAUGGACUCCCGGUGCCAUACGCCGGAACGGCCUCUUCGCUUGCAUCUUGUUUUAUUCGGUUUCAGUCGCGGUGCAACGACCACGUUCUACACGGCAAUGAAACUACCCCCCGAGUUGGCCACUUAUGUUUCUCUUGUUGUUGUUGAGGCGGCAUUCGACACACUACAUAAUGUGAUCGAAUCUUCAUGUUGGUUUCCAUCUUUUGUACUUUGGUUCUUUCGCACAUUCUGCGAUUACAGUGGUGAAGAUGCUUACAAGUACGACCGCAACCAGAUUCAUUUGCGGUGCCCGAUAGCAUUUGUAAUGUCAGUGAAGGAUACGCGCGUACCCAACGAACUUACGCAACGUUUGAUUGAUAAUGUAAAGGCGGAUUGCCCCCAGAUCCCCGCUGUAGAAGUGCUUCAGCUCAAACAUAGCCGCCACCCACUAAUGGCAGUGGGUAAUCGGGAGGACCAGGAUGCCUACGUUGCCUUCAUGGAGGGACUCUACGACAGAUACUGUAAUUAA